UGGAAGUCUGUACAGAAUAUAGAUUUGCUUAGAGUUUUGUAGCAUCUGUUGGAUUUCUUUUGUUAAAUUAUUGAAUAUCAAUCUUCUCUGCAUGGUGGCUUUUUCAUUGCAAAUGUUUGAUGGCUUAAUUAUUUUUCUCCGCUUAUUUACUCUGCUUGUUUUUAAUAUAGUGCUACAAUGGCUAUCUAUGACGCCGUACAGCUUGUGAGGGCCGAUGUUUCCACGGUUGCACUUGGAAUUUCAGCAUCAACAGCUUCUGUUAUCCUCGGUGGUGGCACCAAAGGCAAGCGGUUUGCUAUGCCAAAUACACGAAUUAUGAUUCACCAACCUCUGGGAGGUGCUAGUGGACAAGCUAUAGAUGUAGAAAUUCAGGCUAAUGAAGUUAUGCACAACAAGAAUAAUAUCACAAGAAUUAUAGCAGGUUUCACUGGACGCUCAUUUGAGCAAGUACAGAAAGAUAUUGAUAGGGAUAAAUAUAUGUCUCCAAUUGAAGCAGUUGAGUAUGGAAUUAUUGAUGGUGUGAUCGAUAGAGAUAGAAUUAUUCCUCUCAUGCCAGUGCCAGAAAGGGUGAAAUCAACACUAAACUAUGAAGAAAUAAGUAAAGACCCAAAGAAAUUCCUAAACCCAGAAAUUCCUGAUGAUGAGAUAUACUAGCUAUCCUUGAAUUCAAUGUUACGCUGAUAGCAGUAUACAACAUUUUGGGUGAAGCUUCAGCAUGCUGUAACAAACCCUCAAAAGUGUAGGAUUUGCAUUUUUAAUUUUUGUGUGGGUGAGUGAAAAAUUACUGUUCUGUUAUGGAGAAUUUUGUUGGUUAUCAUUAGCUCUAUUAUUUCUUCGUUAAAUCAACUACUAUCAUUUUUUCUUA